ACGGUCCCCUGAAUUUGCUUCUGGUGCCCUUGAACUGCCCCGCAAUCGAUCAUCCUUCUCCUAGGCCACUCGCAUUAGAAUCGCCCAGGGUGAUUCCUGAGUGGCAACCCACUUUCAGCAUCACAAGCUUGCUGGUCUGGUUGAUUUGCGUGCUUGCCCAUUCAGCUUGGAGAACGCGGUCAUUGUCUCUGGUUUCCUUUGCCUGAUCGGCCAAGAUGGCCACCGCUGAGGGCCCCGCGAGGGCGCACGAUCGAAACGGUCGUCGCCGUCCAUUUUCGAGCUGGAUGAAGCGUCUCGCGAACCUCAAAAACUCGACCGAUUCAGGCAGCAUCCGCUGGUCCAACAAACUCCAUUCUAUGCCCAAACACAAAGGCCGAGGCCGAGGCCUGAAGAACAACCCCUACCCACUUUCGGGCACCACGCAUGUCAUCAGCGAAUACAACAGUGACAACAACACCUCGGAUGCCAGCGAGGUUAGCGAAGAACGGUCGGGCUCGCAGAGCGAACCCUCCCUUGCAUACUCGGGAUACGAGAAUCAGGUUCCGGCAACCAGUGCAAAGUCCACCGCGCCCACCAUCUCCACCAACGGCGACACCGCCAUAUCGGACGCCGCCUACUCCAAAGCCGGGACGAUGGCAACGGCCGGCGGCGGCAUCAGCUCGAAUGGAGGCGGCGAGGGCAGCACCUUUUCAUCCCCGGCGCCGUCGGUGCGGUCCCUGACCACGACCUUGACCACCGUGCAAUCGGCGGCGCCCUCCGGCCAUCUCUACAACGCGCAAAACGCACACCAUGCUCAUCAUCAUGCACAUCCGACGCAAGGCAGUACGACCCAGCAGGUGCAAUUUACACACCAAUUUCCCCCUUCUCCGGCCACCGCAGUUCCGCCCCACCUUGCCCCUCACGGUCAUUCCGUCACGUACAGCACGGCCACCGCCAACAAUAUCUUGACCGACAAUGCCUCGAUUUUGACGCUAGCGUCUUCGUCCAAACGACGCCGAAGAAACUCGCUGGAUACGAACGCGUCGGUGCGCGCUUUGGCCCCUUCGUCAGUGUUUGGUGGCAGUCGAGAGAGUUUGCCUUUAAGCGUGCUUAGCGGCAGCGUGGCCGAAUCCCCGAAUAACCCCGGGGUCCUGAAUCGGCCGAGCAUGGUUGGAUUGGCCAGUGCUGAGCGGAUCAGCGUUUACUCGUCCUCGGGCGCGGCGCCGGUCAGCGGAAACGGCGAGCGCGGUAGCUUCUAUGCUAACAAGCAGAAUUCGGCCACCGGGGACGGGGCCAGCGUUAUUAGUGCUGCCCAAUCGCAUGGCCGACAUGAUAGCAAUGCCGCGAGUAUAUCCGGGGGCAUUGGCAGUCCCUUGAGCGGUCCGUCUGCCGGCCAACCUAUGGCGACUGGGCGAAUCAGCCGGCGUAGCUCGGGCUGGGGAGAGAUCCCGGGCGACGAGAACGAGGAAGAGAAAUCAGGGGAGCGAAAAAGAUAGGAAUUUACGAGGAUGAGGUGAAGCGCAAGGGAGGGACCAAUUUAUGAUGGACGACGUUACGCCAAAUAUUCCCAGAUACGGACAGACUGAGCUUGCAGUGUAUAUUCUUUUUGUUUUUACUUUUCGCCCGCCCUUUCUUUGAUACUUCCUACCGAUCCU